AUUUGUCCAAUACUGGACAAAUAUUGCCAGCUCUGUAGACUAGGUGCUGGGCUUAGAUAAUCUAUUGCUGAAUUCUCAAAUACCAAUAUUGGUCUUGCUAAAACACAGACUAAGUUUCUACAAGAGUUUGUGUUGAUAUUUUUAUUGUGGUAGAACACUGAAGCUUUGUUUUUGAAUCAGAAUAUUGUGGUAAAGGCUCAUACUCUGGAGAGGGGAGAAAAAUCACAACCCAAAGAUUUAAGGCAACAGAUUGGAAUUCCAAAGCUUUUUGGUAUGCUAACAUAUCGUUAAAAUUUACAUGGAUGACACGGGCUGAUUUCCUAUAAAUAUGGCUAUGUUAAGAAGUUGAACGUAGCUCUAUGAGUCUAGUUUGUGAAUGAAGCUGUAUGAAGCUGUAUGCAAUUUCAUAUUUUUUUCGUAUCUAUGAAAUCAGUAUAAAUAUGGGGGAAUAAAUGAUAAAUGAGUGUGAUUGGUCAAUAAUCAGAAAUCAUGGGGGAAAAUGUACUCCAUGCAUUUUUCUGUAACAACAACUGCCGUGUUUUUAAGUGAUUGCUUAAGUUUUUCAAUAUUUGCUGAAGCAUUAAUAGAGAUUGAUUUCAAAGAUAUGGAACAUGUCUGGUUAACAUCAGGCUUCUUGUUUGUAAAAGCUAUGUUAUUUACAAUUUUAAAAUGAGAAAGCAUUGUGGAGGCUGGCUUCCUCACACUUGUUAUGGGUUUAAGUCUUAGCUUUAAUUGUGGUUGGGACAUCCUGAUCUGUGUAGUUUGUUCAUGGGAUUCGGGGAUUUGGUCUCUAGUAUUUCAAUAAAGUGACCCAGCAGCCAAGCAGGAUAAAGUUGAGGCAAAAAUCCAAAGUUAUCCAAAACUGUUCCACCAGUGCUCACUGAUGUACAUUAAAAUGCUGAAAGUUCAGGCCAACAAGAUACAGUUUGUGUUUUCAGAACUUAAUAUGAAGGCUGAAGUCAUCAUCCUGUAGUUGGUACAGAAGGCUUACCUUGGAAAGAAUCUCCCUGCUGCAGCAUGUCAGGAAACUUGCACUGUCUGUUUUGAAAAUAGAACUAUGAGUCUGAAAGAAACUUUACUAUACUUAUUGCAUAGAGAACUUUAUUAGUAAAUAUUUCUAAGCUCUCUGGUGAUUGGCAUACACCAAUGCUACUCAUAUGUUUUUUUGAUAAAGCACACCUGCAAGAAAAGGAGAAGCCAUCCACCUAUUAUAUUACAGUAAAAGCACAGGAGAUGCAUUUUUCAGUCAAAAACACAAUAAGAAAAAAAAAAAAAAAUGUUUCUGUCUCUUGCUUUGUUAGCAGAGCAUGUGUUGCAUUUCAGAAUUUGAGUUGUUCACACAUCCAUAUAUUUUCAUGGAUGUCUAGGGGGCAUGUCCAUGUCAGGAGGCUUUUCCCCCAGAAUUAUCGAAGAAGAAUGUUUUUAAAUACCCCUGUGACUUCUUAAUUCCCUGGUUUGUUUUUAUGGAACUGGAAUAUCUCAUUUCAUCUCCUGUCACCCCAGUGACUAUAUGAAAAGGAGUUUGACCCUUCAGAUUUUAGGGCAAGCUUUUCUCCUGGGGAGGGUUUAAGAGAUGUUCCACCUUCUGAGUGUUUCUGGGAAAUUUAAUCUGAUCAAAAACCAGCUUUUUAUUUUUUCCUUCAGAUUUGCAGUGGCUUUUGCUCUGUGUAAUGCUACCAGGAGCGUUAGCAACAUGUUGCACUUUAAUCUGCUUUCACAUGCUCCUCCCAGCGUGGCUUGCAAAAUGAGAUUGCGAGAGAAGGUCUGUCUGAUCCCCUCAGGGUAUUUACAGCUGAGCUGGACACACUUGAUUCUUUGAGAAGCAGCAGUAUUUUCACAGGAGCACCACAGAUGUGCAAAUGCUUUCAUUUUCUUGCCUGCCCCAGUGCAGUUCCUCCCAGGUGCUGUGGGCUCGGGGCUGGUCCAUUGCCCAAACACCCCCGACACCUGCCUGCCACCCCAGCCCCUCCACUGCCCUGGGGGACCGCUAUCUACAGUGCCAGGAGAUAAGGUGGCAUCUGGGAAGUCUCCGUAGGUCCCUCCAAGCUGCAGACGGAGGGCCUUGCUGCCUCGCCUUGUGAAGCUGUGGAGGAGGGACUGCGCUGGACUAGCGGCAGCAGCAGGGGAGGAGGAGCCAGAGCUGGCACAGAGCUGUUCCUGCUCACAGGGAGUGGAUUAGCAAGUCUCCAUCUCCGUGUGCUGGAGAGGCUGCGCAGGAGCAUGGUCUUUCUCUGAACCCUGCCAUUCCCCAGGUUUGCCACAAUGGUGAAGGAAGAUACGUUAAAUGAGAAUGAGGAUUCUGAGCCAUCCAUAUGUGAGAAAAAUGGCAUGAUUCCCAUGCAUGAGAAAACUGAGGAGAGACCAACAGUAGACACCAAAAGUGCUGAUGGGAAUAUACAAACAGAAGAAACUGCUCUCUUGAAUCACUCUGCUCAGCAACCUCCAGAACUGAUACCAGGAUCUUCAACAUCUACAAGAACAUGGAGGCAAACAUUUGCUUGCCCACCCCAGGGUUUACUGGCCCUAAUAGUGACGAACGUUGCACUCGUGGUCCUGGUUUGGGCUGUGGUUUGGUCCAUCACUGGCUCUGAAUGUCUCCCAGGUGGAAACCUGUUUGGAAUUAUGUUCCUUUAUUUUUUUGCUGUCAUUGGUGGUAAAAUUUUUGGACUCAUUAAAAUACGAACGCUGCCACCUCUCCCUGCUCUUCUGGGGAUGCUACUUGCUGGUUUUCUCAUCCGAAAUACCCCAUUCGUUAGUGACAUUGUCCAGAUAAACCUACGCUGGUCUGCAGCACUGAGGAAUAUUUCUCUUUCAAUUAUCCUGACUCGAGCAGGACUUGGCCUGGAUCCAAAGGCUCUUAAGAAACUCAAAGCAGUCUGUUUACGGCUCUCUUUCGGACCAUGCCUCUCAGAAACAUGCACAGCUGCUGUUCUCGCCUAUUUAUUCAUGCAUUUACCAUGGCAAUGGGGAUUUAUAUUAGGUUUCGUUCUAGGUGCAGUCUCUCCUGCUGUUGUGGUUCCCUCAAUGCUGAUUUUACAGGCUGGGGGAUAUGGAGUGGAGAAAGGUGUCCCAACGUUGCUAAUGGCAGCUGGCAGUAUUGAUGACAUUCUGGCUAUUACAGGCUUCAACACUUGCCUUGGGAUGGCGUUCUCUUCUGGUUCCACUCUAUACAAUGUGCUCCGGGGAGUGCUGGAGGUUGCUGUUGGCAUAGCAGCUGGGGGGAUUCUGGGAAUGUUUGUUCGGUAUUUUCCAAGCCGUGAUCAGGCAUCUUUGUCAUGGAAGAGAUCAUAUCUUGUACUUGGGCUGUCCAUGUUUGCUGUUUUUGGUAGCAUCCACUUCGGCUUCCCUGGAUCAGGAGGGCUCUGCACAUUAGUCUUAGCUUUUGUUGCUGGUGUGGGAUGGUCUGAUGAAAAGAGGGAAGUAGAAAAAAUUGUCGCAGUUGCAUGGAAUAUCUUUCAACCUUUUCUUUUUGGUUUAAUUGGAGCAGAAGUAUCUGUAACAUCUCUUAGACCUGAAACUGUUGGGCUCUGUGUUGCUACGUUAAGCAUUGCCCUAGUUGUGCGAAUCAUAGCAACGUUCCUGAUGGUGUGUUUUGCUGGGUUUAAUUUCAAGGAGAAGGUAUUUGUCUCGCUGGCAUGGAUUCCCAAAGCCACUGUCCAGGCUGCAAUAGGUUCCCUUGCCCUGGAUACAGCAAGAAGUCAUCAGGAUGAGCAACUGGAAAAGUAUGGAAUGGAUGUACUGACAGUAGCUUUCUUGGCUAUCUUGAUCACUGCUCCAAUUGGAGCCCUGGCUAUUGGCUUGGCAGGGCCUAGACUUCUGCAGAAGGUGCAGACACACAGCAAGGAAGAUGAGGAAGGUGCCGAAGCUGGAGAAGAGGCAGAGGCCUGUGAGCCUUCGUGAGAUGGACAUCGACAGGAAUGUCCAUCUUUUACACUUCAGAGUGAACAUGUUGUGCCUGUAAUCUUUGUGGAGGAAACCAAAACAAGUAUUGGUUAUAUGUGCUAUUUCAAAAGCAGCUCUGGUGGAGUUUUAUAAAAUAUGUAAAAGUGUUGAUAGUGCCUUAAGAGUUGAACCAGCUAAACACACAGUGAAUAGGCUGGCCAGGCCAUGAGUCACUCAGAAGUUAGCAGUCAACAGUUACUUGGAACGUGUGGGUGUGAGGCCAGGGAGAGGAUCAGAAUUGUUCAGGCAUGGAGUGGAGUCAUGAAGUGGAUAAACAGAA